AUGAAGUCCUUCACCAUCAUUGCAAGCCUGGCUGUUGCUGCUGGCGUGAGUGCCGCGCCUGCUGGAUUCCAAAACAGCACGGGCAUCACCUGGACCCCAGCGCCCUCGGAUCAAACCACCUGCGAUCCAUCCAGCUUCGCCCAGGCCCCCGUGAGCGAUGCCGCCGACUGGCGCUUCUGCGCGGCCCUCUCGAGCGCUUGGUCCAGCACCAACGGCACUUUCAGCAUCCACGACGUCUCGGGCACCAACUACAUGCCCGUCCUCAAGGAAGAAGGCUGCACCUUGGGAGUCAAGGCCUCGGAGCAGGGUCAGGGUCCCUACACCAUGGGAGACCAAGACAUCAAGGCGAUUCUGAGGAUUGCGCUGCAGAACUACUCGGAUGGAACCGAUCUCUCUGUCGAGGGCAACGUCAAGUGCAACGUUGCCACUGGCGGCCGGGCUGGUCUGAAAUGGCAAAUCUAUGGCCAGUAG